CUCUCUCAACUCUCAAUUCUCAAGUAGUCCCAAAAUUAAAUUCAAUCGCUUUGCUUCCCAUAAAAUUAUUUUUCUUUUUUUUUCUCUCUCUCUAUUUCAACACCAAUAUGGGAAAUGAAUCAUGGGGUUGUAAUUUGGAAGAAGGAGAAAGUGGGUUAUUUUCUUCAGGUGGUUGUGGUGAGAAAAAAGUGAAGCUUUUUGGGUUUGAGCUGAAGCCAUCAAAGAACGACAUGUCGGGUUCGGGUGAAGGAGAUGAAAGUGUGAACUCUUCAACCACCGUGGAAAGAUCAGAGGCCGCCAUUGUUGUGAUUAAGAGGCCAAAAUUCGAGUGCCAAUAUUGCUUCAAAGAGUUCACAAAUUCUCAGGCUUUGGGAGGCCAUCAAAAUGCCCACAAGAAAGAGAGAUUGAAGAAGAAAAGGAUGCAACUCCAAGCCAGAAAAGCCACUCUCAGUUACUAUCUACACCCAUUUCAAUUUCAGACCUCCAACAAUAAUAAUUUUCUCUACUCCCACGAUUCCUCUCAAAUUAGUUUCAGCCCAAACGACGCCGAGUUUAUCCAUUUCGAUCCCCAAGAAAGACGGUUGUUCACUUUGACGCAGCCCGACACGUCGUCCGGACCACCCAACCCUCUCGUUUUCUACUCCUCUUCUUCUUCUUCUUCUUCUUUGCCUCUUUCCAAACAAAACCCUUCUUGUAAAUCUUUGGAUCUUCAUCUUGGUCUCAAUUAGCUUCUUAAAUUUAGCUCCUAAUCUCUUGUAGCAAUCGGAAUUCUAAAUUAAGCCCAUCAAUACAAAUUUUAUGAUUUUUUUUGUUACCAUUA